AUCGAUUAUUCUGGGUUUGACUUCCGGCUGGCUGCCGCUGACAUGGCGACGCCGAAAGAGGAGGCACGUGGCCUUUUCAGGCAGGGCGUGCAAGCGGUGUUGGACGGCUGGGCCGUGUUGCAGAUAGCCGUUGAAAAUGGCUUUGGAGGGGCACAUAGCCGAGAGAAAGCUGAAUGGAUGGUGGGGGCUGUGGAGCAAUACUUCGAAAGCAAUGCUGACCUUGAACCAGAGGAGAUAGAGGACUUCCUUGCCGAAUUGAUGAACAAUGAAUUUAACACUAUAAUAGAAGAUGGAAGCUUGGCUCAGGUAAGCCAGCAACUGUGCCUAUUUUUCAGACAGAGCCAUCAGGGAGAUAUAGCAGUAAUGCAUGAUGCCAUUAUCCACCUGGCACAGAAGAAACAAGAGGCCAGGAGGGCAGUUGCCAAAUCUCAGCCAGCUGCAGAAAGCAGCAGUGAAGAAGAAGAAGAAACAGAAGAGGCCAUGGACUGCAGUGCUGGUUCCAGCAUGAACGGAAUACAAAGCAAUCCGUCUCCACUGUCAGGUGGGACCACUGAAGAUGGAUGGAUGUUGGUGACGAGGGGGAAAAAAUGAAGGGGGAAAAAAACUACGGCAGACGGACAGAUGCAGCAGCGAACUCUCUGUGCUGCCGAGCCUUGAAUUUUUUCUAUAGGGCACAUGAUAGGCUCCCACAGAAGCCUGGGCACAUUGGAAGCACUUUGUUGACUGUAUCUUUGCUCCUGACUUAACAGAGGCUGAAUGGAAUUCAAGUUGGCAUAAAAUAUUUUUAAUCUUUCAAGUUUCUUUCCCCUCAAAAUCGGAGGAUGUUCUAACCUUCCUGGAGUUUGAAAUGAACAUUGAACAACAAUGUGGGUUCUUUGACAGAGAAAGUUCUCCUGCUGUGUCCUGUUCAUCGAUCAUCUUGUUCAAGUCAUUGGAAGGGAGGCGACUAUUUCCGCUCCUUCCAGGAAGGCAAAAUCUAACCAUCUUUACUACGCAAAGAAAGGACUGCAUUCGCUCUUACUCAAAGGAAAAAAAAAGAGUGUAACAGAAAAAAAAUCUUGUAUUUAAAAAAAAAACAAUGAAAAACAAAAUACAACAAUGAAACAAAAAGUAAAAUGGACAAUACACAAAUCAUGAUGGUAGGACACAGGAAGUUUCGGUCAAUAAAAGCUUCCCUUCCCCUAACCUUUGCAGUGGCCAGCCACUAUACAAGAGCAACAAUAAAAUAUUAUUUUGGUAAGAUUUUGUAUAUCCCUUAAUACUGAGGCCUUUCUUUAAUAUAAAAGUUACAUGCACUAGUUCUACACCACAGGAGGGCGAAGAUAAAAGAAUACCAUGGGUACCAACAGCAAUACCAGGAAACCUACAUAAAAUAAGGCAAGGAUUUGUUUUUCUUUUAAAAAAUCCCACAUAUACACACAAUUUCCACUCAUUUGUGUGUUGAAACAGUACCAGCAAAAAAAGGGAGGAAAGGAGAAGGAUCCUUCAGGGAAUUUUGAGAACUUCCAAGAUAACCCAAUAAGGCUCAAAAGAGAGCUCUAAAACGUUAACCAUUUUAAGUGCAUUGUAUCAAGGAGAGGAAGCACCUGCAUUUAGUUUCAAGAAUAUUCAAGAAUACUCCAUCUGUUAUUGUAAUAACCACACUCUGUAUGGAAUCUCAUGCACAUAUAUCUCCUAUUACCUAGAUCAAGAGUGAUCCAUGUUAAGCUAGCUGGGAACUUCACAUUAUUUGCCAAUGGAAUGCCUUCAUUUCUGUCAGGGACAGUUUGUGUUUGAUGCUGGAGACUG